AUGCCAAUAAAGGAGAAUCCCCCUGUGUUAGGUGAAUCAAAACAAAUAGCGCGAAAUCGUCUAGACAGUUUAAUUAAAAGGCUAAACAAAAACCCGCAAAUGAAAAGGCUCUAUUCUGAAUUCAUUGAGGAAUAUGCCGCUCUUGGUCACAUGGAAAGAGUAAUGGAAGAUGAAUUACCAGAAACUAAUUAUUUUUUACCUCAUCAUGGAGUCUACCGGGAAGGAUCUACAAGCACCCCUCUAAGAGUAGUCUUCAAUGCUAGCUCCCCUAGCUCUAAUGGAGUUUCAUUAAAUGAUUUAUUGGGUAAAGGUGAUGUUGUUGAGGACAUUUUUGAAUUAAUAUUAAGGUUCAGGACACACAAGUUUGCCUUUACAUUUGACAUUCAAAAGAUGUUUCGUCAGAUUUUAGUUGUGCCACAUCAAAGAGACUAUUUACGAAUUUUAUGGUUUGAUGAAAACUCUCAUCAAGAAGUAACAUUUAGAUUAAAAACUGUGACAUAUGGCACUUCAUGUGCACCUCAUCUUGCCAUACGCACCAUUAAACAAUUAGCUUUAGAUGAAGCGUCGGACUUUCCGUUAGCAUCGGAAAUGGUUUUACGCGACCUUUACAUGGAUGAUGGGAUUACAGGUGCCCCGGAUAUCCAAACUGCUCAAAUUCUACAACAACAGCUGAUAAAAAUGUUCUCAAGAGCAGGAAUGUCUUUACAUAAAUGGACUUCAAACUCACAGGAACUUUUAAAUAGUUUUCCAACUUCUAAUCCUGAAAACACUUUUCCCAUAGAUGAGCAGGUCUCAAAGGCUCUUGGCAUGCAUUGGAAGCCUUUCGAGGAUUUAUUCAUAUUCACAGUCAAGUAUGAAAAUGAAUCUAUGCUCACGAAACGAACAGUUCUCUCAAUCAUUGCAAGACUCUACGACCCCUUGGGUCUGCUGGGACCAGUUAUCUCUAAAAUGAAGAUUUUUCUCCAAAAAUUGUGGUUGCAAAAACUUACAUUUGACGACCCUCUUCCUCCAGCCAUUGGUAAAGAGUGGAGUCAUUUAGUUCAAUCCCUUAGGGCUCUUGAGCUGGUAAAAAUCCCAAGAUGGAUUUUAAAUGAAAAUCCUGUAAAAUUAAUUCUUCAUUGUUUCUCAGACGCCAGUGAAGCCGCAUAUGGAGCAGUUAUUUAUCUACAGUGCAUCAGUGCCAAUGAUAUAGUCACAUCUAGACUUGUAUGCAGCAAAUCUCGAGUCUCCCCAUUAAAGACUGUCUCCAUUCCCAGAUUGGAACUUUGUGGAUGUCUUCUCGCCGCUCAACUAAAGGCCAAGGUUGAAAAAGCUUUACAUCUACAAAUUGAUAGCGCAGUGAUGUACACAGAUUCUACUAUUUCCCUAGCCUGGAUUCAAACACCACCACAUCGUCUCAAGACAUUUGUUGCAAAUAGAGUGGGGAAAAUACAACAACUGACGCAGAACAACAAAUGGCAGCAUGUUUCCUCCACUUUAAACCCCGCAGAUGUGAUAUCAAGAGGACUAGUUCCAGAACAACUGAUUGACAACUAUUUAUGGUGGAAUGGACCAACUUUCCUUCAAGAAUUACCUGUUUCUGUGAACUCUGCUGACCAACAAAUGAUUGAUGCAUCUCAGAAUUCAAUUUUUAUUGGAACUCAAGGGCAAUACCACUCACACCUUAAUGACUUUAAAUUCAGAUUUCCUUACUAA